AUGGAUGUUGUGCCGGAAUCACCCCUUUUCCAUCCAAAAACGAGAAGACUCCAAAUUGUCGUGCUAAUUAUGAUAGGCUUUUCUACAAUGGUUUUUUCCCGCGCAAAUAUCGCUUAUUCUUUGCCCUGCAUGCUCAACUCGACGGCGAUCAGCCUGAUGUUGAACAAUGGGACGGAGAAGGCGGCCCUCUCGCAACAGUCUAUGAGUGGAGCCUGUGCAAGCAAUCUCGCAAUUCCUGGAGUUAUUGAUUAUGGAGGAAGUAUAAUUUGGUCUCAAGGAGAGCAGGGCUUACUUUUCGCCGGCGCUUUUAUCGGGGCUGUCCCGGGAGUUUUGAUUGCCACUUGGUACAUCUCCCGCGCAUCCUGCCACCAUACCCUGACCGUGGCUAUAUUCGUUCUUGCCCUCUCAUCAGUCCUCUUCCCCAAAUCCGUCCUGAUCGUCGGAUUUCCGGCGGCUUUUGCCCUUCGAUUGGUCCUCGGUGUGGCCGAGAGCUUCGUUCACCCGGCUGUCUGCGGUCUACUGGCUUCCUGGUUCCCCAUUAAUGAAAGAUCGACGGCGAUUUCGUUGCAAAAUACUGGGGUCAUCCUCGGGAUGUUGUUUGGUCCACCACUUGCCGGUUAUUUGUGUAAAUCAACACUCGGGUGGCCCUGGAUUUCUUAUGCAGCCGCGUUUGGUUGUAUCGGAUGGCUGUUUAUCUGGUGGUUUUUGGCCUCAGACUCUCCACAAACCGACAAACGCAUCAGUCAAGAGGAGCGUCGUUACCUAGCUGAGAAUAAUAAUUCAACUCCAGUCCAGAAGAAAAGUUCAGUACCAUGGAAGGGCAUCUGGACAUCAGCUCCAUUUUGGGCAAUUAACCUUGCGCAAUUCACGAUCAAUAUCUACGCAACAUUUUCUCAAAUCUACUUGCCAACGUAUUAUAAAGAAGUGCUAAUGUUGAGCGUGACUACGAAUGGCUACUUCGUCGCCAUCCCCUACAUCAUCAACGGCGUCGUGAACUUUGCGUACAGUUUCGGAAUCGAUGCUAUGAAGCGUAGAGGGAAAAUCACGCCCACAACGGCCGUCAAGGUUUCUCAAUUCAUGGCAAACCUUGGCACUGGAUUGGGGAUGAUUUCGAUCAUUUUCUUUGCAAAUUGUCAGAAUCCUGAAUAUGUCUUGGUCAUCCUGUGUGUAUCCUCGAUUUUCCUAGCGAUGUUCUCAAGUGGAAUGUUCACUUCCAUGUUAUCGCUUGCCCCUCAACAUACAGCAUCGCUAGCGGGUAGUACUGUAUUCUUUGCAAUUCUUGGGCGCAUUGCAUGCCCGAUUCUUAUUACCCUAUUGCGUCCUACGGGAAGCGCGGCCGAAUGGAAUAGAAUUAUCUUAUUCAUCGGCGGUAUCUCGAUUGCAACUGGAUUUGUAUUCGCCAUUUUUGGCACUGCUGAUGUCCAGCCUUGGGCCAUUGAGGAUGAUGAGGUGGAAGAUAUCGAAUCACCAGAGAAGGAUCCCAAAACGAAACUCAUUGACAAAAAGAAGAAAAAGGCUCAAAAGCUGUCAAUGAUGGCUCUUUCCUCUGGUCCUUGUGGAUAUCCAUCUGAAUUAACAACAUCGAUUAUGUCGAUUGAUCGGAAGAAC